CUUGGGGCGCCUGUCCUCCCCACAACUUCCACAGCUGCCUGAUGAGCCAGUGUCACUCCAGGAUGCUCCAGGGGGUCUUUUCCAGAUGCCCCCUGGAGACCCAUUCCCUGAGCGGGUGACAGUAGUCUGGUUAUCAGUGCUGGCCCUCGCCUUCGCUUUGGUUUGUGAACCUCAAGAGAAUCUAUCAUUGCAGGAGGAUGCAAUCAGGCAGGGGCUGGGAAGUCUCCAUGGCAUUCCCCUCUUCAAGAGCUUCAUUGAGGGCUGGCCACAGGUGAAGGCUUUCCAAGCCCGUCCAGAUGACUUGCUCAUCUCCACCUACCCCAAAUCAGGCACAACAUGGCUGAGUGAAAUCAUGGACAUGAUCUACCACGAUGGCAACGUGGAGAAGUGCCGACGGGAUGCCAUCUACAACCGUGUGCCCUUCCUGGAAAUGAAGGUCUUCAAGGGUCCGAGUGGUGUUGAGCAGCUGGAGAACACCCCAUCCCCACGGCUUGUAAAGACCCAUCUCCCGGUCCAGCUCCUCCCAACCUCCUUCUGGGAGAAGGACUGUAAGAUUAUCUAUAUGGCCCGCAACCCCAAGGAUGUUGUCAUCUCAUACUACUACUUCCACCUGAUGGCCAAGGUACACCCUGACCCUGGCACGAUGGCUGAGUUCUUGGAGAACUUCAUGGCUGGCAAAGUGGCCUACGGGUCCUGGUACGACCAUGUGCGUGGAUGGUGGGAGAAGAAGCAGGAGAAGAAGAUACUCUACCUCUUCUAUGAGGACAUGAAGAAGGACCCACGGCAGGAGGUGCAGAAGAUCUUGCAGUUCCUGGGCAAGGAGUUGGCAGAGGAAACAGUGGAGAGGAUCCUGCACCACACCUCCUUCCAGGAGAUGAAGAAGAACCCUGCUGCCAACUAUGAGACCAUGGCCUUCACGCUGAUGGAUCACAGCCUCUCCCCCUUCCUCCGGAAAGGGAUCACUGGAGACUGGAAGAACCACUUCACUGUGGCCCAGAAUGAGCGCUUUGACCAGCACUACCAGGAGCACAUGGCAGGCUCUGACCUCCACUUCCAGAUGGAGCUGAUCUGCUGGCCCUGCCCAGCUGCCAGCCCUCCUGCCCUUCUCACUCCCUCCCGACUAAGGCAUCUGGGGACCGUCCUCAUCCCCGCUCGCCCCUUCCCUGCACUCCUCCCACCGCAGCACCGGGACCAGGUCGCUCCAGGCUCCAGUCCCAGCGGUGUCCCCCGCCUCCCUGCGCCUCCAUCUUCCAUGCAGGGGAAGGAAAUUAACAAAUCCCGCCCAGUGAGCGGCGGGCAAAGUUUUGCCUCCUCCCUGCCAGAGCACCCGGAAAAGAGGAUGGCUGAUUCGGACACCUACCUGCGGCAGCCCUGGCGCACCGUGCACGGCAUCCCCAUGGUCUGCGCCUUUGCCCACAACUGGGAACGGAUUGACACCUUCCAGAGCCGGCCUGAUGACAUCGUGGUGGUCACCUUCCCCAAAUCUGGCACCACCUGGGUCAGUGAGAUCGUGGACAUGGUCCUGAAAGGCGGUGACCCGGAAAAAUGCAAGCAGGAUGACAUUGUGAACCGGGUGCCCAUGAUGGAGUGUGCUGCCCCUGGGAAGCUCCCAGCAGGCGUAGAGCAGCUGGAGACCAUGCCAUCCCCUCGCAUCAUCAAGACCCACAUCCCAGCUCACAUCUUGCCCAAAUCCUUCUGGGAAAAUGGCUGCAAGAUGAUCUAUGUGGGGCGCAAUGCCAAGGACGUGGCUGUCUCCUACUACCACUUUGAUUUGAUGAACAAGUUCCACCCACAUCCCGGGACAUGGGCCCAGUACCUGGAGGAGUUCAUGGCUGGCACAGUGGCAUACGGUUCCUGGUAUGAUCACGUCAAGGGCUACUGGGAGCGCAGGAAGGAUCACCCCAUUCUCUACCUCUUCUACGAGGACUUGAAGGAGGACCUCCGCCGGGAGAUUGCCAAGGUGGCCCAUUUCCUGGGGCAGAAGCUGUCGGAGGCGGCGCUGGACACCAUCACCCGACACACUUCCUUCGAGUCCAUGCGGGACAACCCUGCCACCAACUACAGCAAGGUGCCCUCCGACCUCAUGGACCACAGCGUGUCCCCCUUCAUGCGCAAAGGCACCACGGGAGACUGGAAGAACCACUUCACCGUGGCCCAGAACGAGCGCUUUGACCAGGACUACGCGCAGAAGAUGUCAGGCACUGACCUGUGCUUCCGCACUCAGAUCUGAGGAGACACCGCCAGACCCCCCCCAAAUCUGCCCCGUGCUGUGAUGGCACUGCUGCCGUUCCUUCCUCUCCCCUGGCACUGCUGGAGAGAAAUAAAAUGUGCUC